GAUCGAUUCAUAUGAAAGAGUUGCCUCAUUUGGAUGCCAAGCGAACUGAAGACUAUGCGCAAGAAUUUCCUGAAGUUAUACAUGAGGUUUCUUGAGAAAACCAAACAGCGCACUGUCAACAUCGUUUUCAGUAUUACAACAUGAACGUGUCGUCAAAAAUACCUUUGCUAGCGCAUGAAUAUAACUUUCUGUUAUCCAUGGUUGUGGUAAACGCUUUGGUGGCUUUGCUAGCAACGUUUUGUAAUUUCUUGGUUAUUUUGACUUUGCUUAAAACACCUACAAUACGAACGCCGUCAAACGUGCUGGUCCUAGGYUUGGCCAUAACAGAUUUUAUAACAGGCUGUGUACUGAUACCGUGUUACUGCGUCUUUUUGAGUACAAUAAUGACGAAUAAUAAGCACAGUGAAAUCGUAAGACGGGCUGCGUUUGGACUUGGCUCUAUUCUCCUUGUAGCUUCGUUUUAYAACGUUAUGGUCAUAACUGGAGAUCGCCUUCUAGCUGUUACCCUCCACUURCGAUACAACAACUUUGUGACUAAUCGACGGUACACUAUUGCUCUUUGCUGUAUUUGGGUGCUUGGAUUUCUUACUGGUAGUUUUAGAAUUCUAUACGAGAACCAAUUAUUUAUGAAACUUAUAUUUUUUAUUUUAUUUUUUAUUUCCAUCGACGUGAAUAUUGUAUUUCUUGUGAAGAUAUCCCGGGUUGUUCGUAAACAUACGUUGCAAAUACACUCUCAACAGAGAUGGGCAACUCCAAGCAUCAGUACCAAUAUACCAAGGUACAAAAAGAGUAUUAACACAAUGUAUUUGCUCAUUGGAGCUUUUGUGUUGUGUUACUCYCCGUACCUGGUGCAAGUAGCCAUGGCAGCCGUGAAAAARCCGUCCACGGAUUCUGUUCCUGUUUUUAAGAUCAUCGCUCAGUCAAUUUUAAUGGCAAACAGUUUGGUAAAUCCUAUAAUUUACUGCAUACGAAUCGACGAAAUACGUCGGAAUACUUUGAAGAUAUUCUCUCGACUAAGAUAGCAAAGUUUGRAAAAAAUAUAUCAAUGAAAAUGCGGCAGAUACAGCCUGUGGAGAGACGGAUAAGGCCCUCGGAUAGUACUUGCAACCUUUGAGUUAUACUUUAAAAAAGUACCUCAUUUUGAUACUAAAAUCUAGAAUAUCAGUAUAUAAAAUCAGUAUAUUAAAUGAAUAAAACGAGAA